AUGUUGGUGCCUUUGGCUAAUGAUGCUGAUCCACAAACUCCAGUUGAUCUGGAUGAGUUGCAAAAUGAUGCUUUGGGGUUCUCUUUCUCUCAUGUCUACGGCAAAGCAAGAAAGGGAUUGAAUUUUAAUGAUGGGGAUGGAAAAGGAAGAAUUGAUCUCAAGGCUGAAGUUGUUGCUCUAAAAGAUUCACUUUCUAAAAUGGAGGCUGAAAAGGAAGCUAGCUUAGCUCAGGUUGGGAAUAAUUUGGAGAGACUCUUGAAUCUUGAAUCAAUUGGAGUGGAAGUUGAAAACUUGAAGCAAACAGUCUUGAAAUUGAUGGAGGAUAAGGAAUCUUCUGAACUUCAAUACCAACAGUGCUUGAAUUUGAAUGCGGAUCUAAAACUGAAACUAUACAAUGAGCAAGAAGAAACACAUAGGCUUAGCAGUGAACUAGAGGAGGAAGUUGCUAAGUUGAAGUUUUCUGAGGAGAAAUGUAUUGUUCUUGAGAAAUCAAAUCAGAAUCUUCACUCUUGA